UGAGAUGCACGACAGCGAUGUGGUUGGGCGGAGCAGAGGAAAUAAAACAGAGAUUGAUCCAAUCCGAUCCAUCUCACUGCGGAGGGAGAGAUGAUGAGGAGGCUUCCCCUCAUGAAUCGCAACAACAGGAAAUGGAAAUGCUCCUCCUUCUCCUUCUCCACUUCCACGCGCUGCCUCGCCUCUCUCUUUCUCAUUUCCCUCUUCCUCUUCUCCCUCUCCUUCCUUCUCGCUCUUCCACACCCUCCAACUCCAACAACAUCUCUCCUUCGACUCAAACAAGGUUUGAACAGUGAUGCCUUUGAUUCCUUUCAGUUGCCGCAAGAUAAAUUACUUGGUGGCCUUCUAGCUGCAUCUGGAUUUGAUGAAAGAUCUUGUCUCAGCAGGUAUCAAAAUCACAAAGGGCUAUCAGCAAAUCCUUCUUCAUACCUCAUUUCUAGAUUAAGAAGAUAUGAAGCUCUCCACAAACAAUGUGGACCUUACACUGAAUCCUAUAACAAAACAGUGAAAGAUCUAAGGUCUGGUCAUUUAACUGAGUCCCCACCAUGUAAAUAUGUAGUUUGGAUUUCAUAUAGUGGUUUAGGGAAUAGGAUUUUGACCUUAGCCUCUGCAUUUCUCUAUGCUGUCCUCACAAACCGUGUUCUGUUGGUUGAUCCUGGAGUUGAUAUGGUUGAUCUCUUCUGUGAGCCCUUCCCAGAUGUUUCUUGGUUUCUCCCUCCUGAUUUCCCUCUUAACGAUCAGUUUCCUAGUUUCAAUCAGAAUUCUGAUCAUUGUCAUGGGAAAAUGCUGAAGAAAAAAUCAAUAAAAAAUUCCAAGGUGCCAUCUUUUGUGUAUCUUCACCUGGCCCAUGACUAUGAUGAUGAUGAUAAGCUUUUCUUCUGUGAUGAAGACCAGCUUUUCCUUCACAAAGUUCCUUGGCUAGUGGUGAGAACUGAUAAUUACUUUGUCCCAUCUCUGUUCUUGAUGCCAUCUUUCCAGCAGGAACUGAGUGACUUAUUUCCAAACAAGGAAACAGUUUUCCAUUUCUUAGGCAGAUAUCUAUUCCACCCCACCAACACAGUAUGGGGACUUGUUCUCAGAUACUACCAACCUUAUUUAGCUAGUGCUGAUGAAAGAGUAGGCAUCCAGAUCAGAGUGUUUGACACUGGAAGUGGCCCAUUUCAACAUAUACUGGAUCAGAUCAUAGCUUGUGCUUUGAAGGAGAAUAUUUUGCCUGAUGUUAGCAGGGGUCAGAAUAUUAUCAGUUCAUCAGGGAAGCCGAAGUCAAAAGCGGUGCUGAUGACAUCCUUAAGCUCGGGUUAUUCUGAAAUGGUGAGAGACAUGUACUGGGAAUAUCCCACUGUGACAGGAGAAGUUGUGGGCAUUUACCAGCCAAGCCAUGAGGAAUAUCAGCAAACAGAGAAGCAGAUGCACAACCAAAAAGCUUGGGCAGAAAUGUAUCUCUUGAGCUUAACUGACAUGUUAGUCACUAGCUCAUGGUCUACUUUCGGUUACGUCGCGCAGGGGCUUGGAGGUUUAAAACCAUGGAUACUCUACAAGCCUGAGAAUGGAACAGCCCCUGACCCUCCUUGUCAACGCGCCAUGUCGAUGGAACCAUGCUUCCAUGCUCCUCCCUUCUAUGAUUGCAAGGCUAAAAGAGGAACUGACACCGGUGCGCUCGUUCCGCAUGUAAGGCAUUGUGAGGAUAUGAGCUGGGGUCUAAAGCUCGUAGAUAAUCAUGGUUAACUAGUCAUUAUUAUAGUCAUGAAUGCCAUGACUGUCGAAACUCUGUUAGAAGUACUGCCAAUUUUGUUGUAUGAUAGAAUUAGUUGUUGAUUUUUUUUUUCUUUCCCUAUAGCAACCAUAAAAUAGAACUUUUUAAGUGCCAUCAUUGUUUCACAGUUAUUGGGUUCAUAAUAUACUAGCACCUUACUGUUA